UGAAAGGCUAGUUUAUAGAGAAGAAACGUACUCUCUCUCAACAAAAUGGGUUUUCUCCCACUCUUAUUAAAAAUUAUCCAUCCAAUUCCCUAUUCUUGAAUCUAUCCUUAAAUCGCAAAUAUAAACCAAUACCCAAAGCCCUAAUCAGAAAUUAUAUUCUCAAAAUAGGUAUGUGUUUGAAUCCUAAAUUCUUUUGGGUGGUACAUGAAGCUAGCGAGAAUGAUUAUUUUUUCAAUUCCACCUUUAAUUUCUCUGACCCAUUUAAAAAUAUACAGGAAUCAAAAGUAAUAUUUCUUGAAUAGUCAUCGCCUAAAGCCCUUUCUCAAUGUCGACUGCUCUUUCGCUGAAUAAGUUGAAAACUUCUUUCUGAAAUUUUAGACCUUUGACGAUUGUAUGUUUGGUAUUCCUCUCAAAACCGUGAAAUGUGAUGUUAGGUGUUAUGGGUCUUCAUUUUUCUUGAUAUUUUUCUAUGGAACUCGAAAAUUUCAUAAAUAUUUGCCCAAUAAUAUUUUGUGUAGUGUGAGUGAAGGUUAUUUGAGCUAGGGGUGGGCAUAAAAUCGGCUGAACCGUAAAUUUUGGUUGUUCGAUUUUCGGUUUGAUCGGUUAUUCGGUCGGUGUGUGGUUUACAAAUUUUUAAAUUUUGGUGUUCGGUGCGGUUUACGGUUUUGGUUCCUCGGUUACCGAACAACCGAUCUGCAAUUCCAUUGAUUCAUUGAAGGUGCACGCAUAUGCUACUAUCUGCGUCAGUGAAAUUGCUACUGUCUACUGUCUGCAAUUCCGUUAUCUGUUUGAUGCAACAAAGGAAAAUUGUAUACAAUGCUCUUAUUAGCAUUUGGUACCAGUUGUUUGUUUUCUCUGUCCAUCAGUUCAAUACUGCUUGCAGUAUGCAAAAUUUUAUCUUAUUGCCAAAAGAGCAUAAAGAAAUUUAAGAACUCAUGUGCACAUUUAUUUGGUAACCUUUGGGUUGUUGUCUCUAGCAAAGAUUUUGGAAUUCAGGAGUUGUUUCUCCUUAAAAGUAAAUCAUGCUCUGGUUCUUAGCAGCUAUACGCAUACAAUCAUACUAUUAUGCAUUCAAGGCGACAUCCAAAUCAUGCAUAAUAGAAAGAAAAAGAAAUGAGCAAGACAACGCAGUAUGCAACCCAAACCAGCUUUUUCUGUUAGUUUUUCAUGGAUCCUUAGGCAUUGGUCACAUGUUAGGUGGUCUCCAAUAGACAAACCUCUGUACAAGUACCUAUACAUCAGAUAAGAAGGUUUGACUGUGAAUCUUGUAACCCAACUUCAGAAAUCUGCCACAUUACUAGUGCAACAUGUAGAUCUAUGGAUUUAUUUUCCUUUUUAAAUAUUGGAUAAAUUGCACGGCAAAUUCAUAUUCAUUUCUUCUCUGUGUCUCAAGUAUGUAAUCAUACAAGUUCAUGUUGAACUACAGUGUGUGUGAACCAGAGUAUAGAUGGUCCAAUAUAAAAAAAAGAAAGAAUGUCUCCUUCCAUUUCCCCUCAUCCUAUAACUUCAACUUGACUUGUUCUGCUAUUCCUAGGGUUCAAAUUAGUUAUGCUGUGGUCACUGGAAUGUCCAUUAAAGCAAAUGAAAGCAGUCAAAAAGAGUUCAUUCAACAAGGAAAUGUCCCCUUGCAUCACAUAAUUCCUUCAUCUUCUUUACACUAACGAAGAUAUAAAGAGAUUUAGUCCUAAAAUUUGACCAGAACCAUAAGAAAUCAAAUCAGCAGCAAAUUAUUUAAAGCUGGCAUCUUGUUGACAAAGGUCGAAUAUUGGUAUAUCCACAAUAACUGUAAGUAUUAUUGUAAACAUUUCCCUCUUUGACUAGUAUAGUGUUAUUGUAUUUUCGUAUGAUGCACUGUUUCUAUUGAGAUGCUACUCUUAAUAGGAAAAAGUUGUUGCUGCAGUGCUAUUUUUUUAUGGGUGAUUUGAUUUGUUCAUAUUUUUCACUUAUGUUCUUGUUGAUAUGUUGGUUGUUGUUGCACUUCACUUUUAGUUAAUUAAUUGAUUGCCUUUUAUCCUAAAAAAUAGGUAUGGAUAAAAGUUGGUUGAAUCUUAGGAAUAGAGGAGACCAAAGAUAUAGAAAUGGAGUAGACGGUUUUCUUAGUUGGGCAUUCAACCAAUCAAGGGUGAGCACUAUGAUUCGAUGUCCUUGUAAAGGGUUGUGAACACUGUGUUCAAGCUAAGGACCAAUGUAAGAGGAGACUUAUUGAGGAAAGGUUUAUGGGAUUCUUUUAAAGUGUGAGACUUGCAUGGAAAAGUGUUAGUUUAGAGGUGAAAAUUCUAAUGUAGCACGCAAUGAUGAAGUAGGAGAUGAUAGUAUUGAAGAGGAUAAUAUUACAGAAAUGAUUCACGAUGCUUGUGGAUACACUAAUGGGGCAUAUGAUAAUUUUUCAGAGGAUAAUGAAGAGACAAAUAUACAUGCAACAAAGUUCUACAAAUUAUUAGAAGAUGCUCAAAUAGAACUUUAUCCUAGUUAUAGUAAAGUCUCAAAACUUUUGUUGUUAAAAUACUUCACUUGAAGUGCCUUAACCAUUGGAGCAACUAAUCGAUGGAUGAACUGUUGAGCUUUUUGAAAGAAGUUCUUUCGGAGGAGUCAUUUGUACCAAAUUCUUUCUAUGAAGCGAAGAAAGUUCUUCGUGACCUAGGCUUGGGGUACAACAAAAUAGAUGCAUGUCGGAAUGAUUGUAUUUUAUAUUGGCGCGAUUAUGCCAAUGCUCAAUCAUGUCCUAAGUGUGAUAAGUCUAGAUGGAAGUCAGACGAAUAAAAAGGAUAGAAAGUAGCUUGUAAAGUAUUGCGACACUUUCCGAUCAAACCAAGGCUUCAGUGAUUGUACAUGGCAAAAGAGACAGCAAAAAAGAUGAGGUGGUGUCUUGCGACAUCCGUCCAACUCCAUUACUUGGAAAUCCUUUGAGGAGCGACAUCCCACCUUUUCAGCUAAAUUAAGAAAUGUUCGAUUAGGUUUAGCAAGUGACGGGUUCCAACCUUUUGGUAAUAUGAGUGCUAAUCAUAGUAUUUGGCCAGUCGUAUUAGCUACAUAUAAUUUGCCACCAUGGGAUUGCAUGAACAAUUCCUAUUUUAUGAUGACACUUUUUAUUUCAGGACCCAAGUGUCCAGGUAAUGAUAUAGAUGUAUACUUACAACCAUUGAUUGAAGAGUUAAAUGAGUUAUGGGAUGAAGUGGAAACUUAUGAUGCAUACUCAAAAUUUAAUUUUAAGAUGUGUGCAGCUAUCAUGUGGACGAUUGAUGACUUUCCUGCCUAUGGAAACCUUUCAGGAUGGACAAUGAAAGGCAAGCUUGCAUGCCCUUGUUGCCACAAAGACACAAUUUCAGUUUCUUUACGUAAUAUGUUGUGUUAUAUGAGCCAUGGUCGCUUUCUCCCAAUAGAUCAUCCAUGGCGCCGAAAUAGGAGGAAAUUUGAUGGGAAGGUAGAAAAUGGGGUUGCACCUAAUCCUUUAACAAUCGAUGAAGCACUUGUACAAUUAUAAGGCUUUGGAAAUAUUGGUUAUGUGAAGGGAAAAAGGCGAAAACGUGAUUUUCCAAAAAGUGCUUACAAUUGGAGGAAGAAAAGUAUUUUUUUUCAAUUGCCUUAUUGGAAUACUCUUUUGUUAUGGCAUAACCUUGAUGUAAUUUAUUUAGAGAGAAAUGUGUCUGAUAAUAUUAUAUCAACUGUGAUGAAUAUGGUUGAAAAGACAAAGGACACACUAUAAAUUAUAUAUGAUUUGGUGGACCUUGGUAUUAGGCAAGAGUUGCAUCCGAUAGAGGAUAGGGAUAAUGUAUUAUUACCUGCAGCAUGUUAUGCAUUGUCCUCAGAAGACAAGUUGAAGUUAUGCAAUUUCUUGGCUAAUUUGAAGGUUCCUGAUGCUUUUUCAUCAAAUAUUUCAAGGUGUGUCAACGUACUUGAAAAAAAGCUUUAUGGAUUGAAAAUUCAUGAUCACCAUUUAUUAUUGCAAGACAUUCUCCUAGUUGCAAUACGUGGUUUGUUGCCUAAGACAGUGUGUGAACCAAUUAUAGAGCUAUGCAAAUUUUUCAAAAAAAUAUGCUCCAAGUCCUUGACAAUUGAAGGUCUUGAUAUUCUGGAGGCUAAAUGUGCAUGCAUAUUAUGCAAGCUUGAAAUUGUUUUUCCUCCGUCGUUCUUUGAUGUCAUGAUGCAUUUGCCAAUUCACUUGGCAAAAGAGGCAAAUCUUGGUGGACCAGCUCAAUUUCGAUGGAUGUAUCAUUUAGAGAGGUAUUUGGGACACAAAAGUCAUAUGUUUGCAACAAUGCUCAUCCUGAAGGUUCAAUUGCAGAAGGUUAUUUGGCAACGGAAAGUCUCACAUUUUGCUCACGAUACUUAAAGAAUAUCUCAAUCAAGUUCAAUAAACCGACUAAAAAUGAUGAUGGCUCUGUGUCAAAUGGUGAGAUAUCUAUCUUUAAGAAAAGUGGGCAAAUAAAAGGUGGUUCAGAAGGCAUCAAGCUAUCUCAUGAUGAGUUUAAACAAGCUUGUAUGUAUGUGCUUCAAAAUUGUGAAGAGAUUUCACCAUUCAUGGAGAGGUUCAACAUAACAGGAAUUGGACGAGGCAAAGGGCGAGGUGGAACUGGCCGUGGACGUGGCCAUUUUCAAGGACGUAGCAAUUCUGGAGCAACGUCUCAGCCACAAUUGCAGCUAAGGGGAAAUACUAGAGCAUCCCUAGAGACAAAAGAAUCAAAUAAUCUUUUUCAAGAACCUAUAGAGACAGGACAAAUAUCAAGCUACCCGAGACCUUCUAUAGAGAUAGUUUCAUCAAGAAAUCUGGACAGAAGUGUGUAUGCUUCUCCAGAAGCUGAAAUUGGUAGUGCAGGCCUUUUUCAUCAGUACUAUGCAAAGGCUUUUUAGAGUAUGGAAAGCUCGAUUGAGCAUUCACUAGUCUCGCCACAUUGCUGAUGGAAAUAUAUUAUCUCAUAGACCUGAAGAUGUUGAGCUCGAGGACUGGAAAUACCUAGUAAAGUAUUUUGGAAGUUCUGAAUUUAAG